GGGUGGCUCAGAGGUGACUCACGAAGAGAUAAAUCAAAAAGGAAAAGGAAAAUAAUUUCAGUGCGCAUUCUCAGAUUUACCGGCGAGCAAAAAUAAAGCUGUUGUAUUCUGUGUGUUCUGGACGACCUCCCUCAACUGUCAGGGAAUGGAUGAAAGCACCGAGGCAUCCCUUCACGGAACGCCACUGCAGGUGCACGUUGUCAUGUCAACAGGGAGACGGGCCGCUGCCUCGCAUCAGGCACUGUUUUCUGGAUGACUUUGUGGUCUGGAUAACCCCUCAAGAGCUUCCGAAUCCCUUUGCUGGAUUGGAGUUCUGCAUGCUGCCAAGCAGACAUAUUUUUUGGAAUUAACGGGAUCUUGGACGUCACAGUUUUCAAAUGCUUACAAGGAACUGCUCACUGCUGUUCCUCUGCUUUCUCCUGGACAAGGGACUCCUCUCUCCUCUUCACUCGCCACCACAAGGCAGGCUGGGAAAGGAACACCACAGAGGCAUCAUGGGACUGCGGAGGAAUGGAGGGGCGGGGUUUCAGAGGGUGAAAAGGGGCUGGGUUUGGAACCAGUUCUUUGUUCUGGAAGAGUACAUGGGUUCUGACCCACAGUAUGUAGGGAAGCUUCACACGGACCUGGACAAGGGCGACAGCAUUGUGAAAUACACCCUCUCUGGUGAGGGAGUCGGCUCCAUUUUCACCAUCGACCAGACGACGGGGGACAUCCACGCCGUGCAGAGCCUGGACAGAGAGAUGAAGCCUUUCUACACGCUCCGCGCCCAAGCCGUGGACCUGCGCUCCGGCAGGCCCCUGGAACCCGAGUCCGAGUUCAUCAUCAAGGUCCAGGACAUUAACGACAACGAGCCCAGGUUCCUGGAUGGGCCGUACGCUGCUAGUGUCCCCGAGAUGUCUCCAGUAGGUACAUACGUCAUGCAAGUGACUGCCACUGAUGCAGAUGACCCCACCUAUGGCAACAGUGCACGUAUCGUAUACAGCAUCUUACAUGGACAGCCAUACUUCUCUGUUGAUCCUAAGACAGGAGUGAUCCGGACAGCUCUGCCAAACAUGGACAGAGAAGUGAAGGAAAUCUACCAGGUUCUCAUCCAAGCCAAGGACAUGGGGGGGCAGCUGGGGGGCCUGGCAGGGACGACCACCGUCAACAUCACCCUUAGCGACCUCAACGACAACCCACCCAGGUUCUCAAAAAGUAUAUUUCACCUUAGAGUUCCAGAAUCGUCACCUGUGGGGUCAGCCGUGGGUAGAAUCAAAGCGCAUGACCUAGACACCGGGAAAAAUGCAGAGGUGGAGUACUACAUAGUGCCCGGAGAUGGGGGCCACAUGUUUGACAUCGUCACUAACGAACACCAGGAAGGGAUUGUCCUCCUUAAAAAGCGUUUAGACUACGAAACGAAAAAGUCCUAUGCCUUCAAGGUGGAGGCGUCCAACGUGCAUCUGGACCCCCGCUUCCUUCACCUGGGCCCCUUUAAGGACACGGCCACCGUGAAGAUCAACGUCCUGGAUGUAGACGAGCCCCCUGUUUUCAACAGGCCGUCCUACAGCAUGGAGGUCUACGAGGACGCGUCCUUCGGCACGGUCAUCGGAUCGGUGACUGCUCAGGACCUGGACGUCAGCGGCAGCGACGUGAGAUAUUCCAUUGAGUGGAAGAGGGACCAAGACAGCUACUUUGACAUUGAUCCAGUGACAGGGACAAUUUCCACCAUCGAUGUCCUGGACAGAGAGCGAAUUGCAAAGCACAACAUCUCUGUUGUGGCAACUAAAGUUGGUAACCCGGCCCUGUCCAGAAAAGUACCAGUCACCAUCAAUGUGCUCGAUGUCAAUGAGUUUCCCCCUGAGCUGGCCAUGAACUAUGAGUCAUUUGUGUGUGAGAAUUCAAAACCGGGGCAGGUGAUUCAAACUAUCACGGCGAGAGACAGCGACAGCCCCCCAAUGGGGCCGAGGUUCUUUUUUCGGUCACCUCCGCAGGACUUCAAGGACAAAAACUUCACCAUCCGGGACUAUGGGAACAACACGGCCGGGGUGGUGACCCGACGGAGCGGGUUCCGGCGCCGGGCCCAGGACCUGUACCUGCUGCCCGUGGUGAUCGAGGACAUCGGCCACCCGGUCCUGAGCAGCACGGGGACGCUGACGGUGCGCGUGUGCGCCUGCGACCGCGGCGGCCUGCUCCUGUCCUGCAGCGCCGAGGCCGUCUUCCUGCCCGUGGGGCUCAGCAGGGGGGCGCUGAUUGCCAUCCUCGUCUGCAUCGUCAUCCUCCUGGUCAUGGUGGUUCUGUACGUGGGCCUCAGACGGCAGAAGGACAAGGGCACCCUGAUGACCUCCAAGGAGGACAUCCGCGACAACGUCAUCCACUACGACGACGAGGGGGGCGGGGAGGAGGACACCAACGCCUUCGACAUCGGCACGCUGCGCAACCCCAAGGCCGUGGUGCAGGAGAAGGGCUUCUGCCAGGACGUCCGGCCAGGGUCCGGACCCAGGGGCGCCACGGCGGCUCCGUCCCAGGACGGCCCCGACAUGCGGGACUUCAUCCAGCGCCGCCUGCAGGAGUCUCACCUGGACUCCUCGGCGCCCCCGUACGACUCGCUGGUCACCUUCGCUUACGAGGGGGACGGGUCCGUGGCCGAGUCCCUGAGCUCCAUCGAGUCCCGGGGAGCCGAGGCGGAGGAGGACUACAGACGCCUCUGUGAGUGGGGACCCCGUUUCCAAACGCUGGCGGGGAUAUUCAGUGGGAAGGACCCUCAGUCCUGCGAGGCAGAGCGAGCGGCGGCAGCAGAGACAAACGAUGGAUCAGCGGAGUUAACGAGAGACACCACAGAGGAAGAACAAACUUAGCUUUCAUUCUUUUUUGCAUUUAUCCUUUCAUACUUCAGUUGUACUCCUAUUUACCUCUGAAUUUUCCUUCAUAACAGCUGUGUAACUCCUUAAAAAGCACUACAUAGCACCUCCAUUAGCACUACAUAAUUCAUAAAUUGUGUCAAUAGCCGCAAUAAGGCAUAUGGUGUGUUACUAAUGAUACAGCAAUGACAUUAGCACGAUACACCUCGUGACAUUCACCUGCCUAUUUGCUUUAUUGAUAUGAGCAUCCAUGAAUGUCACAGCGGUUUUUAAGAAGGUGCUAUAUAGUAUUUAUGAAGGAGUUAUAGAGCUUUUAAGACGGACCAUUCAUUAAAAAGUUAGCCAUGUAUUGCUCUCUUUAGGGACAAAUGGUGGCAAAUACUGAACAAUGAACCAACUGUGUAAUUAAUCUUUGUUUUCUUUUGUAGUAUUUUUACAUGAUUUGUUUCUGUAUUGAUUUCUAGAAUCUUCAUUUGAAUUAUUGAAUUGAAUAUUUGAAUUUAUUGUCCUAACAGUAGUAAGAAAAAAAAGUAUUUCCAAAGGGAGAGAUCUCUCUUUAAUAUCCUUGAAAGUGCCUCAUGGACUGUCCUGUUUCUUAGACCUCAUGUUGCUAUACAAAUCCUAUUGUGUUUCUUGUAAGUCUGAAUCCUAGAACAAAGGUUGUAGGAAACUUAAAACUGUUUAAUUGUAGGAGGGAGCAGCAUACUUAUAAAAUGUCAACUGGGAUAAAAUUUGAUCCCAGAUUUGCCAAAUAUAUUUUGAUUGUUAUUUGUGUACAUGUUUGAGUACUUAUGUUCAUUAUCAAUUAGUUUAAUCUUUGACAAGAAGAAGAGGGAUUUCUGUUGUAUCUAUCCAUGGCUCUCAGUGCAGGAACAGCUCAGUAAUGAGACAGAUUUCAGGACUUGUAAUGGUUGUACAAUUGUUUAGGGCUACAGAUUGAUUUUUUUGGGAUUCAGGUCAUGUUAUAAACAUGCUUUCUAAAUUAAACACAACAUGAGGA